GAGCGGCAGUCCCUCCCUUUGCUCUCUUGUCAUGACGGCCUUCCGCCUGUAGGCGGCAGAAGACUCCCCCACCUUCCUGCCAUCCAGAUACUUCCAACUGCUCUCGGGAGUUACGCGUCUGUAAGGCCCGUUCUGCUAACUACAGGGGAAUUUCGCCUCUGAAUUUCCGUCAAAAAUCACAAUUAUGCCCACGAUAAAGCUGCAGAGCUCUGAUGGAGAAAUCUUUGAGGUGGACGUUGAGAUAGCUAAACAGUCAGUCACCAUCAAGACCAUGUUAGAAGAUUUGGGGAUGGACGAUGAAGGAGACGACGACCCAGUUCCCCUGCCUAAUGUAAAUGCCGCCAUUCUCAAAAAGGUGAUUCAGUGGUGCACCCAUCACAAAGAUGACCCCCCUCCUCCUGAAGAUGACGAGAACAAAGAGAAGAGGACAGAUGAUAUCCCAGUGUGGGACCAGGAGUUUCUUAAAGUGGACCAGGGCACCUUGUUUGAGCUCAUUCUGGCUGCCAACUAUUUGGACAUCAAAGGUCUGUUAGAUGUCACCUGCAAGACGGUGGCCAACAUGAUUAAAGGCAAAACCCCAGAGGAGAUCAGGAAGACUUUCAACAUCAAAAAUGAUUUCACAGAGGAGGAGGAAGCCCAGGUACGCAAAGAGAACCAGUGGUGUGAAGAGAAGUAACAGGGUUUUCCUCAACACUACCACAUCCAAAAGGAUUGUCCCUGCUAACUGGUUGCACUGGCCAUGUUCAUAUUUGUUAAUAUUUAGUAUAUUUAGAGCCACACCCCCCUCCCUACACCUUAAACCCCGCUUCCUUUUAUUUCUAUUCUCCUAUUACUGCAUGACCAUUUUAAUUUGCCUGUGUGGUGUUGGUAAAUUAAAGUUAAAAGGCUCUUUUGCAUUUUCACAAACUCACAUUGAGCACUGACAGAAAACAGUCAGCAAUUUGUACUCCUAUUAAAAAUUACUUUUUUUUUUUUUUUUACUGGACAUGCUAGUUGUAUUUUAGGUUAGCUGAAAGAAAUAAAACAACUUUUUUUGAAAAUGAGAAGUCAUGGGUGAAUGUUGGUUUCUUUGCUCUGUAAAUGUACCGUUUUGUGAAGCCUCAUUAAAGGAAGCUGUGUGAAGUGGAGACGGCUUUACAGCGUCCGGCGACUCCUUCCUGAGUCAUGUGUGGAAUUGGAAACCUUCUGAGAUGAGCUGAUGCUGGUUUAAUAAACCAAACCUAUCCAC